AGCUGAUGCUGGAGUAGCCAUUUCUGCAAGAGCGGCGGGGGCGUCCGGCUGCAUUGCAAACGGCAUGUUGGGCGCUCCGUGGCUUUCCUGGGGCGGCUGUGCGAGACCCGCCGCUUUGCGGUGGCUGAAGCGCUGCAGGAGGCCGAGUUGUGCCGCGGCCGCUGGAGGCCAGCGGGGGCCGCCGGGCCAGGCUCCCCGGAGGAGGUGGUGCUCUGCGCUCUCCGAGGGCGGGACGAAGUGGGUCAAGCCCGCGGGCUGUGACACCGGCAUCCAGACCUACAACAGCCUGAGCAGAAGCAAGGAGCCGCUCAUCCUGGGCAACGCGGAUGUGGUGACUUGGUACAGCUGUGGGCCAACAGUGUAUGAUCAUGCACACCUUGGGCAUGCUUGCUCUUAUGUUAAGUUUGAUAUUAUUCGAAGGAUAAUAACCAAGAUAUUUGGAAAGGAAGUAGUCAUGGUGAUGGGGAUCACAGACAUAGAUGACAAAAUAAUUAAAAGAGCUAAUGAGAUGAAUAUAUCACCAAUGGCUCUUGCCCGCUUUUAUGAGGAAGACUUUAAGCAAGACAUGGAGGCAUUAAAGGUUCUUCCUCCUACAAUAUAUAUGAGGGUAACUGAAAAUAUUCCUCAGAUCAUUGCUUUUAUACAGCAGCUUGUUACCGGUGGACAUGGUUAUGCAACCUCCAAAGGUAAAGUUUCCAAAUAAUACAAUCAGCAGUUAAUGGCCCCCAAGCACCAAGAUGACAGAGCAUCACUUACCCCAGAGUCCCUAUCUAUACCUUUUGUUGACAGCGAUAAGCAUCACGUGAAGGAUUUUGCUCUUUGGAAGGCAGCCAGACCUCAGGAAGUGUGCUGGGAUUCUCCCUGGGGAAAAGGAAGGCCUGGCUGGCACAUCGAAUGUUCCACAAUCUCCAGUCUGGUAUUUGGGCAACACUUGGAUAUCCAUACUGGUGGGAUAGAUCUUGCAUUUCCCCAUCAUGAAAAUGAGAUCGCUCAGUGUGAAGCUUAUCAUCAGUGCCAGCAGUGGGGGAAUUAUUUUCUUCAUUCUGGACAUCUGCAUGUUAAAGGGAGUGUGAAAAUGUCAAAAUCACUAAAAAACUACAUUACAGUUAAGGAUUUCCUGAAGAAGUCGUCACCUGAUCAGUUUAGAAUGUUUUGUUUGCGAAGUGGGUAUAGAUCAGCUAUAGAAUACAGUGAUGAAAGUUUGAACGAUGCCAAGAAUAUCCUUCAGACCAUUACUUCUUUUAUGAGCAGUGCAACUGCCUACAUGAAAGGGCAGCUCACCUGCGAUGCCGUUAGGGAAGAUGUGUUGUGGGAAAGGUUGUCCCACACUAAAGCAAUGGUGAAAGCUUCGUGUGCUGAUGACUUUGACACCCCCAGGGCUGUUGGUGCAAUUAUGGACCUCAUUCACCAUGGCAACAGACAGCUUAAGGCCGUCACUAAGGAAGCUGGGUCUCCUAGAAGUGCUGUGGUGUUUGGAGCCAUCAUCUCCUAUAUACAGGAAUUUCUGAACACAACUGGAAUCAGCCUUGAUGAUAGACAGGUUGCUCUAGAACGCAGGCAUUCAGCCAUGCUCUCCAGUGUGAUAGACGAGCUAGUGAGCUUCCGGAUCCAAGUGCGUGAUUUUGCUCUUACUACACCUGAAACGACAAGCGUGCCUGCUGAAGGCACCAUCCUGUCCAAAGAAGCAAAACAGCAGCAGAAGGAGAAAAGGCGCCAGCUGUUACAGGAGAGAGAACCUCUUCUGCAAGCAUGUGACCGCCUGCGCCAAGACCUAGCUGUAUAUGGUAUCAACAUAAAGGACAGAAGUAUGACUUCUACGUGGGAACUUGGAGAGCCCAUUAAAGAACUGGAGAAGAGUUGAUGCAAAUAUGGAGUGCAACUGGAUUGAAAUACUGUGGGGAUAGCAAGCGGUUCAAAAUACCUAUGCCUUGAAUUAGUACACUUCCCUAUCAAGGUGGCCUCAGUGCUUUUCACAUUCUACACUUUAAAUUUAAAAACUGUAUGCUUUUGUCCAUUCUCUGAAAAGACUGGUGCUUUUUGGAGCACACUACAGAUCCAUUGCCCAUGGUUGUGGGUCUUCCUGCUUUUGAAAUCUUUCAAACCUCUUCUCAUUACUAUCAGUGUUGGAGCUAAGCUGCUUCAUCAGGGAUCUCUUGAAAAAUAAACCUCUCUGGGGGAAUUAUCAUCACCAGGUUAAGAGAGGCCAGUGGCUGUGUGGAUGUCCAGCGACCUACUGUACUGCAUAGGUGGUGAGAGGAGGAGAGUCAGCGGCCAAGGAUCCGGACACCUUUUGCUAGCAAAGGCGGGAGAAGAAACACGAUCUUCCCACUCCAAAACAUUCAGCAUGAUUCACUGCACAAGCUGUUCAGAUGAAAAGUGCCAACGGUAGACUGGGAAAGUCCAGGAUACUUAUAAAGAUGUGAAGCCAAGAAUGUUUUGGAUGUGUUCUACUGUGAGAGGAGACAAAAUUCAACACAGAUGCUAUUUGUAUGAAAGUCUUGCUCACAAAGUUGCAGACUGUCAUUAACCUGUACAUCAUUAAAUAGCUGCCACUGUCCCCCCCCCUUUUGUAAGGCUGUUUUUGACUUUGAUGAAAUUCAGCAUGUGACGUGUAACUUGGAAGAACUGAUUUCCUUGACUUUACACACAAAAACACGACAAUUGCGUCAUUUGCCAGAUUUUUAUUUCCUCUAAAACUGCUACAUCUUCAGAUUGUUUCAGUCGUAAAACCUUUAUACACUGAUAAGCAACAUAUUUGCAACUUCUGUAAUACAAUUAAAACAGGCAGGUUCAACUCUACUGGCUGUUCAGAUACCAGUUUGACAAAUUUAAGGUCGUAUAUGGUUUCCCUGCAGAUAUAAUUCUAAAGUCUCCUCUAUGUACGGUCAGCUCAAUUUUGAAUGACAGUGGCCAUUUUCACAUUGCAUUGUAGUGCUGGCAAAUGGGGCACAAGUUUUGUUCAACUAUUUAAAACACAGGCCAUAUGGUUUCCCCUUACUACACAAAGGGAGGGGGGUUGUCUCUGCAUGGGAAGGCUGGAUGGGGGCAAGGGUGGUGCAACAAGGUCAGCCAUUUAGGAGCCUGUGCAUGCUGCAUGGGAAAUGGGGUACGCCUGUGGUGGGAAGGGGUCAUGCCCUGGGGUAUACAUCCUGCCACAAAGGUGAUUCCUGUGUUCAGAAAGAGCACAUUGUACCUAUCCAUGAUCUGUACCACCAGAAAAAGGAAGGUAAGGAUGUGUUCUAUUGUGAGACAACCUACCCCCCCUACCUCCAAUGAUUGCUAGUCGGUACCAGUGUUCCCUCUAAGCUGAGUUAGUGUGAGCUGGC